AUACAGUUUCAAAAAAACUGAGAAGGAGGGAAAAGUAAUUUUAGUUACUUUUGUAUGGAUUUAAAGAUGACUACAAACUUGACUGAAAAGGAAAUUGAAGAGUUUCGUGAGAUCUUCAACAUGGUGGAUACUACCCAUAGCGGGAAGAUCACAAAGCAUGAGCUACUUCGCCUAAUGGACCGGUUGAAUCUUCGUCCAACAGAAGAAGAGCAACUCUCUAUGCUGAACAAUGUCUUCGAUAGUGCCUUUUCACAUCCUAGUGGGGAAGGUGGGAGCAAAGAAGGGAGGGAAAGCCUUUCCAAAAGCGGAGAGGACGGUAAUCGAGGGAGUAUAUCGAAUAGUACGAUCGAUUUUAACCAAUUCGUGGCGAUAAUGGCGAAAAGGGUGCAGGUGGAGUACACGCCUGAGCAGCUGCGGAAUGCAUUUAGGCAAUUCGAAACCGGCGACCUCCCAUUUGGGGUGGUAUCUACAAGUGUCCUCAAGCUGGCUUUGAUGACCUACGGGUCUGAAAGACUUAGCAGCGAGGACGCCGAUAAGCUCAUUGCCGUUGUGGAUCCGAAGGGGACAGGGGAAAUCAACUACAUUGACUUCGUUUCUAUCAUUUUUGAUAAAGAAUAA